CCGGCUUCCGGCGGAGCCCACGGUCGUCGCGCGCAGCCGUCAUGGCGGCCGAGGAGAAGGACCCCCUGAGCUAUUUCGCGGCUUACGGCAGCAGCAGUUCAGGUUCGUCGGGCGAGGAGGAUAAUAGCGAGCCGGAGGAAACAAAUCGCAGGACCCCAGAUCCUGCGAAGUCGGCGGGCGGCUGUGGGAACAAGGCGGAGAAGCGGCUGCCGGGACCCGACGAACUGUUUCGGAGCGUGACUCGCCCGGCCUUUCUCUACAAUCCGCUCAACAAACAGAUAGACUGGGAGAGGCACGUCGUCAAGGCGCCUGAGGAGCCUCCAAAAGAAUUCAAAAUAUGGAAGUCAAACUAUGUACCACCUCCGGAGACCUACACUACUGAGAAGAAACCUCCCCCUCCAGAGCUGGAUAUGGCAAUAAAGUGGUCUAACAUAUAUGAGGACAAUGGUGAUGAUGCCCCACAGAAUGCUAAGAAAGCUAGGCUUCUACCGGAAGGGGAGGAGACAGUGGAAUCAGGUAAGGCGAGUCAGACUCCGUUGAUAAUACCUUUUGGUUCCUGUGAUGAGUUUAAAAAGAAUAAGAUAUUUAAUGAGUGAAAUUUAAAUCUAGCGAUUUAACAAAUCGGUUAUGGUGUAUGAUUAUUUUUGCUGCAGUUUUGAGAAAGAUUGUGUAAAUUCGGCUUUGAAGUGAAGUGUCUGAAAGCUCAACCAGUAGUAUUUACUAUGUUUUAGAAGAAGAUCUUAAGUUAUUCAGGCUUUAGAGUGAAAUCUCUGAUAUCUCAACCAGUAAUAUGUAUGAUUUAUGGUGCCCUAUUAAAACAGAGCCAGUUAAUUCAUGGAUUCUUUCUUGUGAUUGCAGCUUUGAAGAGCUGGAGGCUUCAUUUUCUAUUAAAGCAGUUGUGGUUUAAAGCCAAAAUUAGUGUGACAAAAUGAAGUUAAUUGAGUAGUACUACAUAGUAAUAGGAAGAUAAUGACUUAGUUGAGUUGUUUAUGUCAUAAUUUCAUCUUGUAUUUAGAGUAUAAGUAACCACAGUAAUCUCUGCUUACACACUUUUACCCAGCCCCCAUUCCAUCCUUCACACAGCAGCUAGUGAUCACUUUCUAAAAGUAAUGUCUGAUUAUGUAACUCACCUGCUUAAAAUCCUUCACCAACAGCAUAGUCAAAGCCUUCUGAUAGACCCUGCCUUUCUCUCCACCUUCAUUUCAAAUGGUGCUUUUUCUAGCCCUUUAAGAUCUUAAAAUUGAAAACUGAAUAGACCAUGCUAUUUUAUGGUUCCAUGCCUUUCAGCAUAUGUUGCUCCUUACUCCAGAAUGUUCUUCCAUCCCUCUUUGGCUGGUAAACACAUUCAUCCUUCAAAAUCCAAUUCAAAGAAGAAAAAAAUGUCAGCACCUCCCUCAAAUUAUUUGCUCCUCUGUACCUUGUAUGUGCUAAUGCUGUUGAUUGCACCUGUCAUCUUUUAUGAGAUUAUUUGUUCAUAAGUCCAUCUUCUUUAUGAAAAUGAGUUCUUUUACAGUUUGUGGUAUAUUUUAAAUACUCAGUGGAUAAUUGUUUAAUUUCUGAUGUUCUCAUGAAUCCAGGGCUCCUUACUUAGCUCCUUUUACAAUCAGAGAGUUUUGUUUAGGAGAAAGAAUAACUGAUAGGAGUUCUUCAGUUUUGAUUCUACUUGGCUUUUCCAUUUCUUUCACUGUUUUCCAGUGUGGAUUAGAAGUCACUAAUGAAGGCAUAUAUUCAGUAAAUGGCAUCCUUUUAAAUCCAAAUACCUCAUACUGUAUAGCAUUAUGUAAUUAAUAAAAAAAUUUUUUUGCAUGAAUGUUUAAUCCUAUACCUUGUGAAAUCAUAUGGGGAAAUGUGGAAAUGAGAGCUUAAUGUGGCUUGUCCAUGAUCACAAAACUAGAAAAUGCCAAGCUGUAAAAUAGGUACUUUCACACAAUUUUUAAAAUUUAUUGUUCUUAGCAACCUAGUACAGAAGUGGUACAUAAUUCAUUAUUAUAAUGAAUUUUGUAGACAAGGAAAUAAUCUCAGAUUAAAGAAUUGGCCUAAGUAAAUUCACACAGCUAGGAAGGAAGAGGUGAAAUUAGAAUUCAGAUUCAGGCCUCAUCAUGGAUAUGAUGCCUCUGUACGCUGGGGUUUAUUCUCUUGAUGUUUUGCAGGCUGUAGUGCUUGAGAAAUAGCUGUUCUAUAGGAAGUAACACUAGAGUUGAUAUUCAAACUAAGGUACCAUAGGCUGGUGCUCUCUCUUUGUUCCUACAUGGAAAAUGUGAGGAUUCUAUACCAGGACAAACAAGCAGAAAGAAUUAUCUUUUUUCCAGCUUGUCUAUUGAGUUCAGAUAGAAGAAGUCCCAAAUAUGUGGCAAAUAAUAUUGUUAUUCUCCUAAUUUAUGUUCUUUUGAUUAUAUGAUGGUCCUCUAUCAGAAAGUGUACAUAGACAGUAUCAAACAACAAAAGGACCCAGUGCUCAGACAGUUUAAAGCUGGAUCAUAAAGUUAAAAGAUAAUCCUGGAAUCUUUAAUUUGGACUGUAAUGUUGGUUAUUAAAUAUAACUGUCUUCUUUUUUAGAUACUUUCCUUUUUAGAAGGGUUUUUUGCCAUUUUAGAAUCCCGUACUGUGUUCACAAAGUCACUAUAAAAUUGAUC